AUGUCCGCGGCCGGAGACUUCGGAAACCCUUUAAGAAAAUUUAAGUUGGUCUUUCUAGGGGAACAGAGUGUGGGAAAGACUUCAUUGAUCACCAGGUUCAUGUAUGACAGCUUUGACAACACGUACCAAGCCACAAUAGGAAUAGACUUCCUGUCAAAAACCAUGUACCUUGAAGACAGAACAAUCAGGUUGCAGCUGUGGGACACAGCGGGGCAGGAGCGAUUCCGCAGCCUCAUCCCCAGUUACAUCAGAGACUCCGCUGCUGCCGUCGUAGUGUACGACAUCACAAAUGUCAACUCUUUCCAGCAAACCACAAAGUGGAUUGAUGACGUCAGGACAGAGAGAGGAAGUGAUGUCAUCAUCAUGCUGGUGGGAAACAAGACAGACCUCGCAGACAAAAGGCAAGUAUCUAUUGAAGAGGGCGAGCGGAAAGCCAAAGAACUAAAUGUAAUGUUUAUAGAGACUAGUGCAAAAGCGGGCUACAAUGUAAAGCAGAUAACCACAGAGGAGGGCGAGCAGAGAGCCAAAGACAUGAAUGUUCUGUUUAUUGAAACGAGUGCAAAGACAGGCUACAAUGUGAAACAGCUUUUCCGUCGGGUGGCAGCCGCCCUCCCCGGCAUGGACACCACGCAGGACAAGAGCAGAGAGGACAUGAUCGACAUAAAGCUGGAGAAGCCACCAGAGCAGCCUGUCAGUGAAGGGGGCUGCUCCUGCUAA